AUGUCUACCUCCUACUACUCAUACCAGCCGACAGGCACCCUGCCGGUAAGCGUGCCCGGCAAGUCACCGCAGCAACCCUAUGCCAGUCGCCAUACCCGCAAUUCCUCGGGAUACAGCCAACUCUCCGCGUCGCCUCCGGAGCGACCCGAGAGCGUUUCCUCCUCGGGUGCGGGCUUGUACUCAUCGGCAUCGAGCCAGUGCGGCGGUAGCGAGUAUGAUUCGUCCAGCGGUGCAACCAGCGUCGAUUUGCUAGACUACAUGAACGACCGCCUUUCGCAAGCAUACAAUCCAAUCCCUCUUGACAAGAAUCUCGCCAAGCAAGCGCAAAUGUAAGCACCAGCAGGCUCCUUACAAACGAACAAGAUCACUGAUCGAUUGCGCAGGUCAGGAGAAUUGAACGCAAAGAAUCGCGAAUUGCUGGCUCUGCAAGCGCAAGCGAGAGCACGACUUGCCAAGACCCGAGCCAACUUCGCCGAGGGCAUGAAAGCCGCAAAGGACGUCCAGCGAGACUUGGAAUGGACACAGAAGAAAGUCCAGUACGUCACCCAGAUCUCAUCUUGACCGCAUUCGCUGACACUGCAUAGUGCGUUGAACGCGAGAGCAGCACAAAAAUACCCAGAUCAAUACCGAGCUGCGAGUCAACGUUACCCAGCGCCUGUGGAUUACUAA